GUCAGCGCUCCGAGAGCAAAAACGGGGUGCGUAAGCAGCGAGAGAGAGAGCGAGCAAAAAAGUGCACUCCGAACGUAAUACGCAGCCCGAACGACGUCGCGGCAUCAAUUCCUCACCAUGGACGCCCCCCAGAAGCGUGCGCGCGACGAGGAGGCGGCCACGGAGCGCCCGAACAAGAGGUACAAGUGCGAGCCCUCUCUCGACACGGCUGCGAAGCAAGAGGACCUCUCGGCGCUCUCCAAGCCCGAGCUGCGCGCCCUCGUCGCGUCGGCGCGAGCCCUGGCGCGGCGCGCCGACGGGGAGAUCGCGGCGCGGCACGCGUCGUUCCCGCGGUGCCUCCCGCCGCAGUUCGUCAUGGCCUGGCUGCCACUCGGCGACCUGCCCUGCGCCCUGCGAGUCUCGAAGGCCUGGCACGGCGCGUCCGAGGCGCUGUUCCAGGUCGUCUUCCGGGAGAACGGGCUCGUGGACCGCGUUGGUACGUGGCGGGAGUCCGUCUUUAGCUACGCGCGCGAGAUACGCUGGGCCGGGAGCCAGCCGAGCUAUUAUCCUUGGAAGGAGCUCAACGGUCCUGCCACGGUCACGAACCGCGAAAAGACCCUUAUGUACUUCCGCGGCCGCGCGAUCCGCCUCUGGCCCGGCUGCACGACGUCGUGGCGGGUACUCGUGGAGAAACCGUCGGACGGGAGCGGAACUUACAUCAACGCGGUCGGCUUUGCGAUCUUGGACCCCAGUAAUCCCGGGAAGGUCCUCGCCGCGUACGAAUGGAACGAGGACGGGCAACCGUAUCCCAUGGACGCCGUCCGGUGCAGGAACGCCGGCGGCUUUCCGGUGCGAGACUUAAAGAUUAAUUGUGGUAUCCGCCCAUUCUUUCGGAGCGACGACGUGAUCGAGGUUAAGGUCACUUACGAGGGCCCCCUACGCAUCACGGCGACGGUCGAAGUCGACGGAGAAAGCGCUCGGAGUGGGAUUGAAAUGCGCGACUGUGGCAAGUCUACGAUGCUCCGCGUCGAACCGUUGGAGCGCGACGGCCGGAAGGACGACGUCGCCCCCGUGCUCGGCAGGGAGGGGACCCUCGUCGUGGCGCCGUUCUGCGACCUAUGCCGGGGGUCCUCCGCGUCGCUCACUUGGAGUCCUCUCGCGCACAGCAACUCUUGGCAGACGUGGCGCGAGCACAAAGAGGGAAAGAAGACCUGGUAUGAGCCGCGCCUGGCUCCCCCACUUCCCCCGCGAAUGGCUCAGGCUCUGGCUCAGGAAAGAGGUCCAAUAACACCGGCACGGAGAGCACGUCUCCCCAGAGCACGUCGCUAGUAGGCUCCAUAAGUCAACAAUUU